CUGGCAUCUUGGGUCAGACAGAUAUGGCUUGCAAGUCAUUAAUUUUCUCCAAGAACUACACUUUCCCUGCAGAACUCACGUAUGAAAGGCGCGGCGGCCAUCUUUCCAAGUUCACCGUCUGUCUGCGUUCUUGCACCAAUAUGACGGAGAGCAUCAUGUUUAGUAUGCUGAGUGAACUCCGGUAUGACUAUUUCUUCAUCAUUCUUGGUGGAGGUUCAGAUGCCAACACUGGUCUUAUCUGGGUGGAAGGACGAAGAGUUGAUGUUAGUUUUCCAACCGAUGACACAAGGCCAAGGAGAAGUAUCUGUUUGAGUUGGGAUUCUCCUAAUGCUGAGAUGGUGCUCUGGGUCAAUGGGAAGAUAACUGAGAAGAAAGAGUUUGAGAAAGUAGGAAGGACGUACAUCGAUCCUAGAAUUUUUAUUGGACCAGGACAAAUUUUCCUUGGUGGUAAACCAAAGUUAGAUGUGGGGGAGCUCACAGAUGUCCAUGUGUGGGACAGAGUGCUGAACCCACAGGAGGUCAAGGGUUAUUUUCAUCAGGAGGAAGGACACAUUGGAAAUAUCAUUAAUUGGAGGGCUUUAGAAUAUGAUGGAGUGGAUGGGGACUUUAUUGUUGGUCCAUUUCAGUGUAAAAGAAGAUUAUCAGUGUGAUUGAUAGUACAAGUUGAGAUGGGGAAUGGCAUGGUGUGACUACUGCUAAGGUUCUGUUCACAGUAUCAUUGAGGGGUUCAGUGAAGCUUUCUAGGAUUUUGGCCAAGAAUGGUGCCAGGAGGGUUUGUCAGUGUCCAUUUGGAUCCAUCAAAAAAAAGGUCUGUCUUGUGGUCAUGGCGCCAUUGUAAAUGGAAUUCUUGACACUUAGGACAGUAGAAUAAACGAAGAUCCAACACUCAAAAGGUUUGUUGCUUAAAAGGGUACUCUGGUGGAAUAAUUUUGUUUUUUAAAUCAACUGGUGCCAGAAAGUUAAACAGAUUUGUAAAUUACUUACUUAAAUUACUUAAAGGGGUACUCCACUGCUCA